GUUAAUAUGAAAUACAAACACUCUUACACUCUUAGUCUUGUCUUGGUGUCUUAUUAUAGUACUCAGUACAUAGACUCGAGCAUAAGUAAGAGUAAGUAAGCGAAAAAAGGAGUAAUAAAGCGGAAACGUGUGUAUAACUUUCGAAGUAAGAUUGUAAGAUGGUCCAUUCAGGCAAGAGAACUAUUACAAGUCACAUCUAUUUAUUUAUUUAUUAAAUCUUAUUUUUUAUUUUGGUCGUUAUAAAAAAAUUUUGUUUUUAAGUUUUAAGUGUCAAGUGUUAGUGGUUUUUAUUUUUUGAAAUAUGUAAUUUUUAAAAUUUUUAAAAGAAGAUUAUUAAAAAAAAAAUACAAUGCAUUUUUUGAGUAAAUUUUUGAUAAUUUAUUUGCUGUUUAACAAAGAAAUCAAAGCGAUGAUUAAAAAUCAACCGAAGUGCGGUAAUCCUGCAGUUACACAUCGGCAGCCGCGGGACAUUCUCGAGACCAAAAUCGGAGCCCUGGAGCCAAAGAGGAUGACCACUGCGAGGGCCACGGGGAGGAUUUUCAACGGGAAGCCGAGCAAACGCGGAUCUUGGCCCUGGCAAGCUUCCCUGCAGCUUCUGCACCCGAAGUUGGGGUUCAUCGGCCAUUGGUGCGGAGGAGUCCUCGUUGAUCCUUCCUGGGUCCUCACUGCGGCUCAUUGUAUUCACAAUGAUGUAUUCAAUCUACCUAUUGGCGCAUUAUGGACGACGGUGCUCGGUGAAUGGGAAUUAGAUUCUGGUAAUCGAGGAUCUGUCAGGAUACCGGUUGAGCGAGUGGUUAUUCAUGAAAAAUUUGAUAAUUAUAAUCAUGAUAUUGCUCUGAUGAAAUUAAGUAGACCAGCUCCACUUUCAAAAAUAAUCCGAACAAUCUGUCUACCCGAACCAGAAACAGAAAAGAAACUCGUAGACACAAAUUGCUUUACUUCCGGCUGGGGUCGAUCUGGACCAUCACCUUCAUUGUCUGCCGCGCUCUUAGAAGCCAGUAUCCCGCUUCUGACUCUGGAGGAUUGCAAAAAGGCCUACGGCAAUUCGGUGCCUCUGAGGAAUGGGCACUUGUGUGCUGGGCACCUCGACGGCUCUUCUGGAUCUUGUGUGGGUGACUCAGGCGGCCCGUUACAGUGCAAACGAAGUGACGGCGUCUGGCAAUUAGCCGGCAUAACAUCCUUCGGAUCAGGAUGCGCCAGACCGGGAUUCCCAGAUGUUUAUACAAAGGUCCAACAUUACACUGAGUGGAUAAAAAACACCAUCAGCAAUUAUGCCGACACUUGAUCGUCAUAAUCAUCUGUUUAAAUGUGUAAAUAAUAAUGUAAAUAUUUUUUAUUAUAAUACCGAUAAGUAUAAUAAAUAUAAUCGUUGUUAAUAAUGAAAAAAAGAAUAAAUAAAAAAGUUGCGGAAUAAUCGAUGCCCGAUUAUGUUUACUUUCCAAUAGUAUUCUCAGAGUGAAAAUUGUACGCUUUAUAAUAUUAUAAAUUUAUUAUAUAUAGAUAGAUCGUUUGUAAUGGAUUUACUCUUGAGGAUCCUAGUUUUCCAAACCGUUAAUCUUUAACGAUACUUUCACGUUUAGUUUGUUCGAGCAUACUAAUAAAUAUCAUAAAUUCCGUCUAACUCGUGAGUUAUUU